GAGAGAGAGAGAGAGAGAAAGAUAUGAAGGGCAUCUUUUUGGAUGACGAUAUCUCAAAUUUAACAUCUGCAUCAACUGAAGCAAGCCUAUCUUCAUCAAGCAACAGGAAUGAAAUUGGUACUAUGUACCCUCCACCACAGAUGCAGCAGACCUAUGCUUCUGUGCCAAUCACUACCACCAACCAAACUCAAUCAAACAAGAAAAAGAGGAAUCUUCCUGGCAAUCCAGAUCCAGAAGCUGAGGUGGUAGCUUUGUCUCCAAAAUCACUUAUGGCAACUAACAGAUUCCUAUGCGAGAUUUGCAACAAAGGGUUUCAAAGAGACCAGAAUCUUCAGCUACACAGAAGAGGACAUAAUUUGCCAUGGAAACUAAAGCAAAAAUCAAAACUGGAGGUGGUAAAGAAGAAGGUGUAUGUGUGCCCAGAGCCAAGUUGUGUGCAUCAUGAACCAUCAAGAGCACUUGGCGAUCUUACAGGCAUCAAGAAGCACUUCUCAAGAAAACACGGUGAGAAGAAAUGGAAAUGUGAGAAGUGUUCAAAGCGCUAUGCUGUUCAGUCUGAUUGGAAAGCUCAUUCCAAGAUCUGUGGCACACGAGAAUAUCGAUGUGACUGUGGUACCCUUUUUUCAAGGAGGGACAGCUUCAUCACUCAUAGAGCCUUCUGUGAUGCUUUGGCAGAAGAGACUGGAAGAUCAUCAUCAUCAUCCUUAAACAACCUUCCUCUCCAUUUACCUAUCAAUUUCCCACUCAAAGCCGAACCACAUCAUCUCCUCCAACACCCUCAACUGAACUUCAAUGUUGGGUCAAGUAGUCCACAUCAUAAUCAUCAGUUACCAUCAUGGUUAGAUCAUCUUCACCAACAAAACCCUAACCCAAACAGUAGUCUUCACCUUCCCUCUCCUUCUUCUCACAUGUCUGCCACUGCUUUGCUGCAAAAGGCUGCUCAGAUGGGCGUAACCAUGAGCAAUCCUGCACCUCCACCUCCUUGCACAGCUCCUCCUGCUGCUGUCUUUUCCAUGUCACAACAACAACAGCAACAGUCCAUUAUUUUAAGUGGGUCCCACCAAGCUCUUCAGCGUGAUCACAUGUGUGCACCUCUACUUUCGUCUCUUCAUCAUCAUCAUAAUGCUUCUGCCCUAGGAAAUUUGUCUGCAAGCGAUAAUCAUCAUGGGAUGUUUGAAGCAAGCAGUGGGUUUCCUAACGUCAGCACUGGUUGCAUGGACCAACUGCUUCAUCCCAGUUCCUUGACAUCUACAACCGUAGGGCCAACCAACAUCCACGAAGUCUUAAAUGGCAUGCUCAGUUCUACAAAGAAAGAUCAGCAAGGACCAGCUUCAGCAGAAACGGUCUUGAACAAGCGGAAAGAAGGUGCGGGUCUAAACGAUGAGUUGACGAGAGAUUUUUUGGGUCUUAGAGGAUUCCCUACUCCUACUGAUCACCAUUUUCUUAGCAUGGCUGGUCUUCAACAUAUGAACCCUUCUUCACCUUAUCAUCAGCUGAAUACGAACCAGAAGCACAGUCAAAACCAAAUACCAUGGCAAGGUUAACUAGUUAAUUUGGAUAGAGAUGAAAUACCCAUCAUUUAUGGUUCCCUUUAAGUUCUUUUCUCCUACCUAGUUUUUGCUUUUUAAACUUGUUUUUAGUGAUGAACCAUGAGCCCAGUUUUCAAUUUUCUUGCAUGGUUCCGGAUUUGAAAUAUCUGAAAGCUAUGAAUGCUUCGAGUAUUUCAAAUAUUACAGUUGUUCUACACUAUGAGUAGUCCUGACAACUUUAAAGAAAC